GUCAGUCAGUCAGUGAGCGCGAGCCUGUGUUAAUGAGAGUUCUAUUUACAACAGCAUCAAACCUCAAAACAAACGCACACUCGGGAUUUUAAUUAGCGAUAUUCAAAAUGAAGAAGCCAAUACCUGUAGACAAAGCAUCUUGAAGAGAAAGAGGCCAGUGUGAGUGUGUGACUGUAUCUGUGUGUACGCAUGUGUAUAUGUGGAUGAGAUUCCAUAGGCCAUGUCUGUCCCCACCAAACUAGAGAGGACAGUAUGUGUCCUCCUUCCCACCAAGGAGACAUUGGACAUCACAGUGGGGCUAAAAGCAACGGGUCAAGAUGUGUUUCACAGUGUCUGUGAGCUUCUCGGGGUUAAAGAGCUGCACUACUUUGGAUUGACUUUAGUCAAAAACAAUGAGCACAUCUUUCUGGACUUGGAAGAGAAACUUGCUACGUACUUUCCUAAGGAGUGGAAACAGGACUCAGGAAAGGGGUCACAGAGGAGGUCAAUCCCUCCCCUGCUCUGUCUGAAGGUCCAGUACUAUGUGGAGAAUGGCAGACUCAUCUGUGAGCGUAAAGCGAGAAAACUGUACUACUAUGAUCUGCGGGAACGUGUCCUGCGCUCAGAAUGCCGACAGCAGGAGGAAGUGUAUUUCCAGCUUGCAGGAUACGCCCUACAGGCCGAUCACUCUGACCACCCCUCAGACAGCCACAGUCAGGGACACACUGUGUAUUUCCAACCCAAAGAAUACUUUCCACCCUGGAUAAUUGCGAAGCGUGGCAUUGACUACCUGCUGUGUCACGGGCCCAAGGUUCAUAAAGAGCUGUGGGGGAUGUCCUCGCGUGAGGCUAUCCUGCUCUUUAUCAGAGAAUCCUGCCGUCUGGAGGAUGUCCCAGUCACCUUUUAUCGCCUACAGAAGGACAAGAAAGAAGAGAAAGGUUCAGCGCUCCUUGGACUCACUCUACGAGGAAUGCAAGUGUAUCAGGAGGUGAACAAUGUGCGGGAUCUGCUGUAUGACUUCCCCUGGUUUCAUGUGGGACGACUCACUUUUCUGGGGAAGAAGUUUGAGAUCCAGCCGGAUGGUUUGCCCUCCGCGAGGAAGCUGGUGUACUACACGGGUUCGGCUUUUCGUUCCCGACAUCUUCUGCUGCAUUUAAGUUCCUGUCACCGAUUGUACCUCAGUUUGCAACCUGCGCUCAAACACCUGCGGCAGCUGGAGGAGACAGAGGAGAAGAAGAGGUACCGCGAAUCGUACAUCAGUGAUGAGCUAGACCUGGAUCAACCGUGCAGCGAGGGCAGUCCUCGUCUGUCUCGACACUCCACCAGCAGCUCUGGCAUUGAGGCGGACACCAGGCAAAACAGCGUCUCUGUAGAGAUGGUUUCCAUGGAGGAGAAGGAAAAGUCCUUCAUCUCUGCUGUCAGUCAUGGCUCCUCACACACCUCUGGCAUCGACACGAGCAGCAAAACUCGAACCGAUGAAGAUGAGUGGCAGGAGGAAGAUUUGCAGGAUGUGGUGAAGGAGCCUGGGGAGGUCUCUGUGGACGAUCCUUUGGAUAUCUUACGAUUGGCUGAGCUGCUGGAGGGCGUGUCCGUCGACUGUCCCACCAUCCAAUCAGACACUGAAUUCAAAGGUCUACAAAUGAGUUCAGUUACAGUCAACGAUCAAGUGGACCAUUGUGAUCCAGACAGCAUGAAACAGGUUUUAAAUCAGAAGUCUCGUAACCCAGCCGACCGCUACAGUCUGAGUCUGGAUGACGUGCGACUGUAUUCCCCUCUUCUCCCUCUGGGAACGGCAUCGGUUCCAGACACCUCUGUCAGCUACACGUUUGGGCUUCCGCAUUCCCCAACCAGCAUGUGUCCAGACAAUACUUCAUUUUGUGUCCAGCGCUCCAUGAACUGCCUAUCUUUGGACCUGCUGGAUGAUAACCAGCCGCUUGAGCUUGUCCUUUAACAGGACAAUAUGAACAAUUGUGGGUUGUUUUACAGAUUAUACAACAUGUAGAACUUUCUACAGAAUGUGUUAAU